AUGGGGAAGAAAAUAGAGAUAGUAGAGACUAGCUUCACAGCGUUUGAUAGGAAAAUGGAAAAGCCUCAACAUGCUGUAUUGAAGGAAGAUUGGAAAGCCUUCAAGAAAUUCUUCGAGCAAGACAACAAAGCAUUGUUGGAGCCUAUGGACUUGGACAAGAACACCGCUAUUCACGUGGCCACACGCUCCGACAAACCGCAAUUACUGGCAGAGUUGCUGGACAUGCUGCCCAUAACCGACAGGUGGCAUGCACUGAGGCGGAAGAACGUUCACCGAAACAACGUUCUUCACCACGCCGUUAAUUUCACGGACAACGUUGGAAUAUUGGACAUGAUACUCAAGUACGAGAAUGAGGUGCCGCCACCACCGGGUGAUCAGAUUGAUGAGUCAGAAGAAAACGGAACGCCGUUGCUUGAGAUGAAAAAUGAUUUAGGUGAAACCCCCCUUUACAGGGCUGCUAAUGCUGGCAACCUAAAGAUGCUCCAGCACAUGGCCAAAUGUGUUGAGGAUAUUCAGGUGCAUUUUGUCAGAGGCGACAAACUUCCCAUUCUUCACAUUGCUAUUGUUGGUCGACACUUAGAUGUAGCCGUUUGGUUAAUGAAAGUGGAUGAAAGACUCGCUGAUGCAAAGGACCAAAGGGGAUUGACAGUGCUUCCUGAUGAAUAUUAUGAGUUUGAAGAUUAUGCUGAAAGCGUCAGGGUCAUCAGAAGUGAGAGCGAUUUAGAAAGUGGAAAAGAUAAAAAGCUACCAACCUCAGGAUUUUCCAGAAUCAAUCAUGCAGUCUGGAAACGUCUUGCAAAAGAAUGGGAUGCGGUUGAUCGUCUUUGGCAGUUAAAAAGGCAGCACAAGCUAGCUGAGUAUCUAGCUGACUUGUUAGUGCAGAAAGAUUACUCAUGGCAUAAAACUUGUAAUGAGAAACAGCGAACAGUGUCAGUAUUGCCAAUUAUUAAGCCCAUAAAUGUGACUGCAAGGACGAAACGGGUGAAUGAACUGAAAGAGACGCAAUCUACGCAGCAAAGCAGGCGUACUUACAGCGACUACACACCGCUGUUGUUGGCAGCAGAGGCAGGAAUCGUAGAAAUCGUUGAAAAAAUCAUUAACAUGUUUCCCGAAGCUAUAAAUCAUGUUAGUGAGGAUGAGCUGAACAUACUGCAUGUAGCUGUGAGAAACCGUCAAUUGAAAAUUUUUAAGCUUAUAAGGAAAUAUGGUGCAUUGAGAUGGUUGGGUGAUCGCAUAAGUAAUAAAGGUCGCACUCUCUUGCACCAAGUGGCUAGGAUGGAAUACUACAAAGGAAGUGAUCAAGCAGGCUAUGCAUAUGAACUCCAAGAUGAGUUGCGAUGGUUCGAACGAGUGAAGAAGCUAAUUCCAGCUCACCUAAUGAUGCAUUGUAACGAGGAUAACCUAACAGCAAAAGAGCAAUUUGAGAUAGAGCAUGCUGACAUGUUGAAGGACGCACAAGAUUGGAUAAAGGAGACAGCUCAAUCAUGCUCUGCAGUUGCAGUGUUGGUGGCCACCGUAGUGUUUGCAGCAGCCUAUACAAUCCCAGGAGGAACGGACGCAAGAGGCAUCCCCAUAUUUCUUCACUCUCCAGUUUUCCUCUUUUUCACUAUCAUGGAUGUUGUGGCCCUUGCAAGCUCACUUGCUUCAGUUGUGAUGUUCCUUUCAAUCCUCACAUCCCCAUUUGAGAUGUGGGAAUUCUACAAGUCUCUCCCUCGAAAACUCACCCUUGGAUUCACAUUGUUGUUCUUCUCAUUGACCACUACUAUGCUAUCCUUCAGUGCAACCAUUUUGCUCACAAUUCGCUUGGAGUCUGACAAAUGGAGUUCGAGUUUGAUAUAUAGUGCAGCCUUUUUUCCUGUCUCAAUAUUCGGGUUGUUGCAGUUCCCCUUUUAUAUUGCAAUCAAAGACAAGCUAAUGCUGUUUUUGAAGAAAUUUAAGAAGAUGAUUCCGAGGUCGGGUGCAAAAGCAAAGAAAAGAAAGUAUCGUGUCUUCGAGCGUUGA